CCGCCCGGUGGCUCCGGCAGCGCCGCGCGGAGCCGGAGCCGGAACCGCCACCGGGAGCCCCCGGCCCGGGCCCCUCCCCCCCGGUGCCCCGGCGUUCCCGGCCCCCCCUCCCUCCCCCGGAACCCCGGGCCCGCCCGGCCCGGCCCCGGCAUCCCUCCCGGUCCCCGGCAUCCCUCCCGGUCCCCUCAUUCCCCCGGUCCGGCCCGGCCUCGGAAUCUCCCCCGCCCCGGGACCCCCCGGUAUUGCCCCCCUCCCCCCGGGGCGCCUCCCCUCUGGUCCCGGUAUCCCCUCCUGCAAACCCCCGGUGCCCGCGUUCCCCCCCACCCCGGUUCCCCCUCACUCCCGGUGUCCCCCGGUCCCUAAGCCCCCCCUCGGUGCCCCUCCCGGUGCCCCCGGUCCCCCCCCCCGGUCCCGGUCGGGCCCAUGGAGUCGCAGUGCGAUUACUUCAUGUACUUCCCGGCGGUGCCGUUCGCGGCGCGGGAGCUGCUGGCGGGGGAACCGGGCCGGUACCGGGCGCUGCCCCGCCGCAACCACCUCUACCUGGGCGAGACCGUGCGGUUCCUGCUGGUGCUGCGCUGCCGCCCCGGGCCCCCCGGUGCCGGGGCCGGGCCGGGCCGGCCGCCCUGGGCCGAGCUGGCCGCCUCGCUGGCCGCCCUGGCCAGCGUCAGCCCCGGCGGCGCCGGGGACCCGGGCGACGGGGACGGGGACCCGGGGGACGGCGACGGCGACGCCCCCCCCCCGCCGGAGCCCCCCGUCUUCCGCGAGUGCCGGGCGCUGCUGACGCACAGCCAGGGCCCCCCCGGGCGGCCCGCGGCUGGGAUGCCGGUGGAGGACCCCAUCGUGUCCACGGACGAGGUCAUCUUCCCCCUGACCAUCUCCCUCGACAAGCUGCCGCCCGGCACCGUCAAGGCCAAGAUCGUGGUGACGGUGUGGAAGCGGGACACGGAGCCGCCCGAGCUGCAGGAGGGCGGCGGCUACCUGAGCCUGCUGCAGACCCGGGCGCCGGCGCACGUCUUCCGCCAGGAGCAGGGGGCCUUCAAGGCGCAAGUGAGCACCCUCCUGACCGUGCUCCCCCCGCCCGUGGUGCGGUGCCGCCAGCUCACCGUCUCCGGGAAGUACCUCACCGUGCUCAAAGUGCUGAACGGCUGGUCCCAGGAGGAGAUCUCGCUGUGGGACGUGCAGAUCCUGCCCAACUUCAACGCCAGCUACCUGCCCGUCAUGCCCGAUGGCUCCGUCCUGCUGGUCGAUGACGUCUGCCACCACUCGGGCGAGGUGCCCGUGGGGGCCUUCUGCCGCGUGGCCGGCGCCGGCUCGGCCUGUCCCUGCGCCCUCAGCGCCCUCGAGGAGCACAACUUCCUCUUCCAGCUGCAGGCGCCCGAGAGGCCCCCCGAGGACGCCAAGGAGGGCUUGGAGGUCCCCUUGGUGGCCGUGAUCCAGUGGUCGACGCCCAAACUGCCCUUCACCAGCAGCAUCUACACGCAUUACCGGCUGCCGAGCAUCCGCCUGGAGCGGCCGCGCUUCGUGAUGACGGCGGCCUGCGAGUCGCCGGUGCGGGCCCGGCAGCGCUUCACCGUCACCUACACGCUGCUCAACGACCUCCAGGACUUCCUGGCCGUGCGGCUCGUCUGGACGCCCGAGACCGCCACGGCCGGGAAGAAGCUGUCCGGGGAGGAGCGCCGGGCCACGCAGGCCGCGCUGGACGCCAUCGUGUGCCACACGCCGCUCAACAACCUGGGCUACUCGCGCAAGGGCAGCGCCCUCACCAUCCGCGUGGCCUUCCAGGCGCUGCGGGCCGGGCUCUUCGAGCUGUCGCAGCACAUGAAGCUGAAGCUGCAGUUCACGGCGAGCGUGGCCAACCCGCCGGCCGAGGCCCGGCCCGUGUCGCGCCGCAGCAGCCCCGGCAGCCCGGCCGUGCGCGAGCUGGUGGAGCGGCACCAGGCCGGCCUGGGCCGCUCCCAGUCCUUCUCCCACCAGCAGCCGUCCCGCAGCCACCUCAUGAGGUCGGGCAGCGUCAUGGAGCGACGUGCCAUCACCCCGCCGGUGGGCUCCCCCGUGGGGCGGCCCCUCCACCUGCCCCCCGACAAGACGCUGCUCUCCCUGGACAAGAUCGCCAAGCGCCAGUGCAAGGUGCUCGUCGUGGAGCCCGUCAAGUGACGGUGGCCUCGGGGACGGUCCCCUGCGGCCCCCGGGCCGGGGAGGGGGCCGGGGACACCUGGGGCGUCGCGGCCCCCCGCGCCCAAACCUGCUGCUUCGCCGGGACCGGGCUGCACCGUGCCAUGGGGGGACCCGGGGACCGAAACGGGGACGGGGGCCUGUCCCCAGCCUGGGGGGUGGUGACAACGGUCCGGGGACGGGGGUGACACCGGGGCAGGCGGGGGGGGCGGGACACGUCCCGGGGCUGGUCCCGGCGCUGUUUACACCCCCGCAGCUUCCUGCCUUGCCUUGAAUUCGGCUGCUUUGGGGGGGGGGGGGGACAAGGGGGACGGGGGGGGACAAGGGACCAGGACACGUCCCCGCUGCCGGGGGGACACACCAGGGACGGUGGCACUUGACCUCCGCGUUAUUUAUUUGUCUCCACGCUGGCUGCCAUGUGUGUGUGUGCGAAUAAAGCGCUGGCCUGGA